GCUCAUUUCACAAUGGUCCCGCCCAUACAGUGCAAGGCUGGCAGCACAGCCGCUUCACAGUAGAUGAGCAAUAGAGAGUUAGAGGAAUAUGUCUCCACUGUGAGCACCAGAAAGGAAACACUUAGAGCAAGCAAACAGGAGCUCUGCUGCUGCUGUGUUGAGAGAAGCUCAGAGCAGAGCCCAGAUCCUGUCGUGGGUAAAUCCCCUGCCGUCGACACUCGUAGCUGCCCUGUCGAGCAGCACAGCGUUUUCUUCGGCCUCCAUCCUCUUGCUCCUCAUGUUCCUGGGAGCUGAGCGGAGGGCAGGGCGAGGACACGCAGCCUGCCAGCCGGAGUCACACGCACCGUGAUUGGGAUUGGGACUGGGAUGGGGCUGCACAGGAGGCUGCUUUUUGCCGUGCUCACGGUCUCGUGCGUCCUGAUCGUCUACAUUCUGGCUUUGACCCUGGAGAGGCCUCUGGUGCCUCUCUACGACUUGAUACAGAGGGCGAGCGGCGUCUCAUCCGAGGAGCCUCUCCACGGGCCGAGCAACGAUGCCCACUUGACCUUCCUGCCCCCAGUGCCCAGCUCACAUCCAGACAGGGAUGUAGGGAAUUUAUACCUAAUGCAUCACAAAGUGCAAAAACCACUCCUGGCUAACGAGACAUCCAAGUCCAGAUCUGAUGAUGCCAAUAACAAAACCAGGAUCGAUACCAAACGACCUACAGUGAAGCCUGCUCAGCCAGCCAAACCUACAGACCCUUCCUUCAUAGGAGACUCGUACAUGAGCGCAGACGUCCCUCCACAGACGGGCUGUCCAGACAGCAUCCGAAGUCGGGUGGGGAAAACUGAAUUUGGGGCACGAUUUCUGGAAAGUAUUCCAGUUUUGCAGUGGGCCAGACACGUGACACCUGAACAGCACUGGCGUCUGAGCCAUUAUCCAGGAGCACAUGGCUGGGGAGGGAUCGAUUACAACACGCUGGUGGAAACACUCUCUGUCCUCAACUCUCCUGCUAACUGGCAGAUGUUGGACAACUGGAAGGCUGCUGGCAAUAAGUCGGAGUGCAGUCGCUGUGCGGUGGUGGGGAAUGGAGGGAUACUGAAGAACUCCCAGAAAGGGAAGGAGAUCGACAGCCAUCACUAUGUCUUCAGGACAAAUGGGGCAAUCAUUAAGGGCUUUGAGGAGGACGUGGGGUCUCGGACCACCCACUACACGUUCUCCACAAACACGCUGAUGAAUUCCAUGUUGAGCUACGCAGGUGACGGGUACAGAGGACCCCCCGUAUCUAAGGAAACGCGGUACGUUUUCCUGCCGGAUCACGACCGAGAUUACCUGCUGAUGAAAGCAGUGGCGACGCACACCCUGGUGGACAGGGGGCGUGAGAAGGGCAAAAAUCCAGUGAAGUACUUUGGUGAGGACGUGUCAGCAGAGAAGUUGAAGAUGUACCAUCCUGAUUUCAUCCGUUACCUCAGAAACAGAUUCCUCAGAUCUACGACUCUGAAAAGCAAAUUCAAAAACAUCUACCGUCCAUCAACCGGUGCCACGAUGCUGCUGGCAGCGCUCCACACCUGCGAUCAGGUAAGUGCGUACGGCUUCAUGACCCCAGACUACAAGAAAUACUCUGACCACUAUUACGACAAAAACUAUCACCCUGUGGGCUUCUACGCCAACCACGACCUGCGUAUGGAGAUGAAUCUGUGGCAGCAGCUGCACAAGGCCGGCCUCAUACGGCUCUACAUGCACAACUGAGGAUGAUGAGAAAUUUCAUCACUCCAUCUGCACGCGGAUCACCAGCAUAUACGGGGAGACGGGAUGUGCAGAAAUGUGGGACUGUGCCCGUCUCAAAAUGACACUUCACGACUUUCAGAAAUAAACGCGAAACCAGCAGAUGAUUUCUUUACAUGAAGGAAAUGAUGAUAAUUUUUUUUCUAAAGGACAGCUGCUGUUAUUGUUCAGCAGGGAGAUGGGAUUUAUGGGACUAUUAUUUGUUUUGCCUCUUUUUAAAGGAACCUUUCUGUCUUCGGAUGCAUUAUUUUGGUGACUGGUAGGGGGGGAAAUGGAUCUUAUUAUGUUAAUUUAAAAAAAAAGAAACGAUUUUUGGAUUAAAGGGCCGGCUGGUCUGGACCACAUGAUCCUGUGACGGUGAAUUGUAUCGGUGUAAGCUGUGAGUCACAAUCUUUAACAUACUGUCAGACUGUUAAGACGCUUUUUAACAAGGAGGAGCUCUCCUCCUCCUCCUCCUCAUUUUCCAUCAUACAUGGGCUCUUCCAGUGUUUCACUUACCUGCUAGUUCAAACUAUGAGGGGCAACCAAUAAGAAGAAAGGUGGCUCGAAGGAAGCUAACGUGGUUAAUUUCAAACAGAGAAUAAACUGAGGGGCUGCACCAGUGGAAGAUUUAAAAAGAAUGGUAAAUGGCCUGUAUUUGUAUAGCGCUUUACUAGUCCCUAAGGACCCCAAAGCGUUUUACACA